AAUGAAUGACAUGCAGCUCAAUCAUCUUCCAUCUUCUUGCUUAACAGAGUAGUGGAAUUACUGGCAUCACGCAGAAAUGAAAAGCUCACCACGCGAAUGGCUGCGAUGCGUCUGCCUCCUGAUAAUCUCCCAGACCGCGGCGUCUAUGGUGCUUCUCAACUCCACUGAUUUAAGCGCCCUGUUGGAGAAGUACGCGGACGAGGACGGAGACUGGUGGCAGGCGAAACAGCGUGGAAAGAGAGCCAUCAGCCAGAGCGACAUGCAAGCUAUCCUGGAUCUGCACAACAAACUCAGGGGUCAGGUGCACCCCCAGGCUUCUAACAUGGAACACAUGGUGUGGGACACGGAGCUGGAGCGCACGUCUGAGGAGUGGGCGGAGACUUGCCUGUGGGAGCACGGCCCGGCCGGACUGCUGCCUCAGAUUGGACAGAACCUGGGGGUCCACUGGGGGAGACCCCGUCCUCCAACCUCCCACGUGCAGGCGUGGUAUGAUGAGGUCAGAGACUACUCCUUCCCUUACCCUCAGGAGUGUAGCCCCUACUGCCCCUUCAGAUGUUCAGGACCAGUCUGCACACACUACACACAGCUCGUCUGGGCCACCAGUAACCGGAUCGGCUGUGCCAUCAAUUUGUGCUACGACAUGAACGUCUGGGGCCAGAUCUGGUCUAAGGCUGUUUAUUUGGUUUGCAAUUACUCGCCCAAGGGGAACUGGUGGGGCCAUGCGCCGUAUAAACAUGGCUCCCCGUGCUCGGCCUGCCCACCCAGUUAUGGAGGAGGCUGCAGAGACAACCUGUGCUACAAAGGUACUAGGGAGGAAAACAACUCCAUCGAACCCGAGGCGCCCCCCCGCACCCAAGUACCCCAGCCUCAGCCCCAGCCCCAGCCCCAGCCCCAACCCCGGCAACGUCCCCGACUGCAGCCCCCCACCAGGCCCCCCAGUGAGGAGCUGGACAGGAACGAGGUGGUGAGCACCCAGCAGAUGUCCCAGCUUGUGACCUGUGACACAAAGCUUCGUGAUCAGUGCAAGGGAACGCCUUGCAACAGGUACGAGUGUCCAGCUGGCUGUUUAGAUGCGAAAGCAAAAGUCGUCGGGACCGUGUACUACGAAAUGCAAUCCAGUAUUUGCCGAACUGGUUUGCAUUACGGAGUCAUUGACAAUGAUGGAGGCUGGAUGGAUGUCUCCAGACAGGGAAGACAGGAGUUUUUCAUCAAAUCCCACAAAAAUGGAGUGCAGUCCCUGGGGAAAUACCAGAGUGCCAACGCGUUCACGGUGUCAAAAGUGACAGUGAAAGUUGUCACGUGUGAGACGACUGUUGCCAUGCUGUGUCCCUACCAGAAGCCCGCCAGGCACUGCCCCAGAAUAUACUGCCCACGCAACUGUAUGCAAGAAAACGCCCGGAUAUCUCGAGUCAUCGGGACCGGCACUUACUCAGAUAAAUCGAGCAUCUGUAGAGCGGCGGUCCAUGCCGGCGUGAUAAAGAACGAGUCGGGAGGAUACAUUGAUGUGAUGCCUGUGGACAAGAAGAGACAGUACUUCGCCUCCUACCAAAACGGCAUCUACUCAGAAAGUCUGCAGAACCCCCCAGGAGCCAAGGCAUUUAGGGUAUUCGCCGUCAUCUGAGCGCGUGCAGAAACUGUGGUCAGUCGCCGGAUGGACGGUGCGGUGGUGAAGCUGUAAUUUAGCCUGCGGUGAAGGCACAGCUGGCCGGUUUAUCCCCCAAGGCCAGGUCACUGGGAGCUUUGAUGAUGUUGACUGAGUAAAGAACACUUGACCCAAACAAACAAACAAAAAACAAAACACUUCUGGGAAGGGUCUCUCCUGGUUACCCGUUUAGUAUUCACUUGCAAAGAGAGAAGAGACUCCUCAAAGUGUCUCCUCUCCUCUGGUGCUGUUGAAGGGCAAGGAAUGUGUUGUAUUUUUACUGGGUUAGGCAGAUCUCAUAGUCAUGUAACCCCAUUGUCAGAUCACCCAUUGUGUUUGGAAUUUCUAUGUGUUAGCACUUAACUGUAAUGUUAUGAGUCUAUAGUCUUUGUCAUUUAUGUCUCACGGUAUGGCACAUGUUUUUCUCUCUGUUUUAGUUUUUUAAUUAGCUGUUGUGUCCAUUGUUUCUGUGUUUUAGAAAUAAGUGGAGAAUGAAUUAAAAUUCAGUUAUUUUUCUAUAUUUUGUAUCACAAAGUGUAUGUACAUUAGUGCUGCUAAGAGUACUGUAUGUGGCUGCGCACGCGUGUGUGUGCAGGUGUGUGUGUUCGUGUGUGUCUGUGUGCGCGUGUGCGUGUGUGUGUGUGUAGAUGAGCGUGUUUAUGUAUAUGUGUUGUAUGUAUG